AUGAUGGGAACAGAAACUGGAAUCAUUGGGCAUCUGAGAGCUGGAGGUUCUCGAAGUGGCGAUGCCAGACCGCCAAGAGCCUCAUCGCUGACAGCCCACCCAACACCAAUUAGUUCUUUUCUUCGACAACGAUCCUCAGCACAACCGAAGAUGCCAAUAGGGAAGCCAGCAAAUCAUCUCAAAAUAUGCUUGAAAGCUCCCUCUUUGCAGAGUCUUGGAUUGAAAUCUCCGUUGCUAGGAACGCAAUCGCCACUGGGGCUCACUUCCGCAAAAUCAAAAUUUGCAUGGAUGGACGAGUCGUUCCUCGGCAACCUGCGGAGAUUGUUGGAAGACUCCGAGGCAAUAGGCGGAGUGAUGAAAGACACUGUAUCAUGGAAAUCUAACGGUGAUGCAUUCACGGUUCGAGACAAGGCUAUCUUUGCAACUCAUGUGGCCCCCAAGUACUUUAGUAUCAUGAGCAUCUCCACUUUUCGAAUGGUGGCUCUAUCAUGGGGUUUCACAAUCCAAGUGGAUCCUUCCACUGGCAGCGAAACUUACCAACAUUGUAGAUUCUUACGAAGCAGCCCAUCAAAAUGCCAAAAUGCGACCAUGCAAGAGAUGAAAGAUUCUACCGCUCGUCCAAGCCAAGUUGAGUCGAAAGAUUCCUCAAAACAAGAAGACCCGCUACUACUUCUUGCUGCUACUGCCUCGGCUUCCAACAUGACUGGUAAGCAAGAAGAAACGUCGCCCCCCAAUACUGUCAGGGCAACCGAGAAAACCAAGACUAGCCCAAAGAAACAAGUUGACUCUUCGAAGCCAUCGGUAGUAAAGGCACGAAGAAGCUCAAUCAGCAGUGUACUCUCUGCCAGUGCUGGUCGCAGAAGCUCUCUUGGUCUCAAGCUGCCUCCUGGAAAUCCUCUUCGUAGAUCUUUAGAUCAACAGUUGAGUCCGUCCGAGGCCAGCUCUGCUACUCUUAAACUUCUCCAAUCAAGUCGCAAGACCUUUGAUAGGGUGGUAAUCCCUCCCUUUUCCAGAAUUCGAAUGCCCUCUCAAGGUGUUGGACCACACAAUCCGUUUGCAGGAGCUCCCAAGAUUGGAAGCUCUUCCCUUGGAAACUCGUCUCUUGGACAGUUCGAGAAACGAGUCCGGCUUCUCAAGGCUCAAGCUAGUCUAACAUCCAGUCUUCAACUGUUGAUGGAAGAUCCCAUUGCACCUACUCCAGACCGUUCCUUUUUGUCAAACCUCCGAGGUAUUCUGGAACAUGCAGAAAAAGACCGGUUCACCCACAUUGUCUCGUGGAUGAAACAUGGUCGUUCCUUCCGCAUAUACCAUGAAAAUGAAUUCACCCAAGUGGUCUAUCCAAGAUUGACCAAUGGUAGCCCCCUGGCCAACGUGGAAGAGACCUUGAAGGAGUAUGGAUUCAUCAAGCUAUCCAAAGGCCGCGAAAAAGAAGCCUACUUUCAUCCACUCUUUGUUCGUGAUUUGCCUAUGUUGGGGCGUGGGAAAGCGAUACAACAGUGGAAGACAGCGGGGUGGAAGGGAGACUCCACACCCGAAUUCUUUUUGUAG